CGGGAUAUGAGCACUGAUGCUUGCAGGGACCACAAGGUUAGUAGCCCUGCAAGUCCUCAGGGUAGCCCUGAGUAAACAGUGACGGGUUGUCACAGUCAGGUGGCUGUUAUUUUUUUCUAUAAAUAUUUUCUAUGUGUAGCUGGCUGUUUGGCUGCAGACACACAUACGCCACACCCUAUACAUUUUUACCAUCGUUGAGAAAGAACAACUAAAGUAACUUUCCAGUAUCAAGGAUACAGUGGAGCGUGAAGCCAUUACCACUUCCUCUGUUGGCUUUUGAUGAGAGGUGGCCACUGAGGAGGGGAGUAACAGACAGAUGAAGACCAAGUGGCUGAAGGUGGAGUGCAGGCUUGGAAGAACCUGGUAAUGAAACAACAUUAUGAAAAAAAGAUUAACUGAACAUGCGUACAUUUAUUUUACCAUCCUUACCCUAUGUGGUGAUUUUUCCGUUUAUGAUUUGUACGGGACAGCCUAGCAUUUGGGGUGAAUUGUCAGAAGAAGUUACCUUACCAUGCUCAUUUACACCAGGAGACAAUGUGGUUAUUCAUUGGUAUGUUGGAUCCAAGAAUGUGCAUAGAUAUUUUAAUGGGGCUGACCAAUUGGAGAAGCAGGAUGUUGGAUACAAAGGAAGAACCUCCCUAUUCCUUAGCGAAUUGAGCAGAGGAAAUGCCUCCUUAAAAAUUAUAAAUGUGCAACGAAGCGAUGAAGAAAAGUAUAGUUGUUAUGUUGGCACAAAGGAAGGACGAGAACAAGAAGAAUCUACAGUGAAACUGCAUGUGGCAGUAUUUAAAGAACAAUCAAUCCACUACGAAGCGAAGAACAAAGAAAUUCAUCUGAGCUGCUAUGUCAAUAACAGUUUUCCAGCCAAUGCAACGAACAUAAGAUGGUAUCAGAAUGGCAAUCUUCACAAAGAAAGUAUGGCUUCAAGAAGCAGUUUAAACAUAACAAAUCAUACUGACAUAAUACAGUGUGUAAUCGAGCAUACAUCACUAAACACUAACUGGACGGGUUACUGGCAAAUGACUGAACACAAUUUGACCGAAGGACAAAGUGCGGAAUUCGAAUGCGAGCUCUGCCAGACCAAAAACACUAGUGUGUCAGUGACAUGGUCACUGAGGAAUAACUCACAGGAAACUGAAAUAGCCUCACUGGACAAUGCCACAGACAAGUUAAAAUUUAGUGAAAAAUAUAAGCCCAGAAUAACUCUGAUUGAUGUAAAUCAUUUUAAAAUAAAUGAUCUCACCGAAGAAGAUGAAGGAGACUAUGUUUGUGUUAUCACUGAAGCAAAAGGAAUGCAUAUCAAUGUGACAUCUAUCUCGAUAAACUCAGCUGAGAGAAGUUAUCUCACAAUCAUUGUUUUCGUAAUAUCAGGGAUCAUCAUUAUCAUCAUUAUAUUGACAAUAUUUUUUAUUCGCCGUUCACAAAAUAGAAGGUACAUGUCUGCUGCAGAGGACCAUGCUGAAGACACGCAGAGGACAAAUGAUCUCCUUUUAUAAGAGUUUGUUACAGCACAAACCUUGUGACAUGUCCUAGUCCUAAGUAUAAAAACAAUGGAGAAAAAAAAUAUUAAUUUUGCUCAGGUGUGCCUCCUGGUGGCAAAACCUGCAUACCUAACAACUACUGUAUUUGCUAGAUUAUAAAAUGAUGACCCCCCCAAAGUUUGAAUAUCAAUUCAGAAAAA